AAAAAUGUGAGCAACGAAAGAGUUGGAAUAAACGUUUUUUGUAUCGUCUGGUUGUGUCAGACAGUGUCGGAGAUCAAUUAUUAUCGCCUGCAGAAUUAUAUACCAUAAUAUGCAAGCACAGGAUUCGAAGAACAAUGAAGAAAGAGAUGAGAAAGAAGAAUUAAAAUAUACUCCAUUUCGUUCAUCCCUUUCUGAGGCCAAGGAUGCAGAAUCAACGAUAUUACUAUUGCAAUCUAAGGAAAGAGCUAUCUUGUUGGCAGCUGUAGAGGCUUUAUCAAAGUAUGCUAGUAAGUCGAAAGAUAACGUAAAGAUACUUUUCGACCUUGGUAUCGUGAAUGAUGUUCUUCCUAUUAUUGAACACAAGGAUUUAUUUAUUCGAAGAUUUGCUGCAAAAUUAUUGGUAGAAAUGAUGGCAAUGCCAGAGGUAACGAGUUAUUUCAUUGAGUCUAAUUAUUUAUUACAUUUUAUGGAACUAUUAACAAGUGAAGGAGAUAUCUUUAUGCAAGAAUAUUUUUCUGCGAUACUUGCAAGAAUCUCUAGAAAUCCAUAUGCUUCUGUUCUUCUGGUGGAACAUUGUUUAAACAUGAAUUUUCUUUUUGAUGGGAUACAAUCAUUGGAUCCAGAUAUACAGAAAAAUAAUAUGGAGAUUCUACAUAAUUUCAUGCAGGAUCCUCUAAUUGCAUGUAAAAUUUUGAAAACUGAGAUUUCCGGUAUUGGAUGAUAUCUUUCGAUUUAAAUAUUGUCCACUGGAGCCUAUUUAUGUAGUAAAUUGUGUACCAUCAUCAACUCUAUCGAAUGCUUUACGGACAGUUUUUAAAGGUAAUAAAACAUUACGUAAUGCAAAAUUAAAUCAUAAU